UUCCCGCUCGCACGUCAUGCUCCUCGACCGCAACCUGAACGGCGGGUAUGGCGCAACACGCAUCAUUGCCUCCGUCACGACUCAGACGACCCACCUGGUGUUGAAUCAUAAUCGACUUGGGAACGGAGGUGCAAGGAUGCUGUUCCAUUUGUUGGGGAAGUCCGAGGCGAAGAUUGAAGAGAUACAGUUGAAUAGCUGUUCGAUCGGAGAUGAGGGGAUGAGGUGGAUGAUACCUUAUCUCAGGGGCAAUACUACGCUUGAGACAUUGUAUCUCAAUGGGAACGAGUUUGAUGGCGACCCCACCAUCGUCUCCGAAUUUGUCGCCGCUCUGAACACUUCCGCACUGCGAAACCUCUCGCUCUCUACAAACUCCUUCCUAAGCGAUCCAUUCCUCACCCACUUCCUUCCCUCUCUCUCCGCCCCAUACCUGCGCUCGCUGCACAUGUCCAUGAUCGGCCUCACCAGUGCCUCCCUCCCCCUGUUGCUUGACUUCCUUGCUUCCCAACCAGCGAAACACCUGGACCUGCUAACGCUCAACGCCAACUCCCUGAGCUAUGCCGGAGUGCAGGAGAUAAUCUCCUGUGUGGAGCAGAGAGUCACAGGCCUUCAGGUGCUGGAAUUGGACGGGAAUACCGUGGAGGGGGAAGAGGAGAGCACUCAGGGUGCGAAGAGAUGGUCUAACAGGCUAAAGGGAGCGCUGUUGAGGAAUUCGAUGUUGAGAGCACAAGUGCGUGCUGCCGCACUCCGUACCCUCCGUCACGCUCGUAUCCUGUUGAAUGCACGUCCACGCUCGCAUUCCGCGGUCCCCCCACUCCUGUCUAUCCCCACAGAACUCCGUCUCCUUGUCCUGCGACACUCAGGUGAUCCACUCUCAAGUCUCUCAGACUCCCAGUUUGCCAGGGUGUGCGAUUAUGCCACCACCUGGGAAUCGCAAGCCCGUCGACAAGGACCACGAUUCCCCCAUGGGAAUAAAGGCAAGAUCCGGUGGCUCGAGAGCGUCGGAUGUAUGUACUACGAACGCGAACCGGGGACGCGGAAAGCCCAGGGAGUACCGGAGAGGGUCGAGUUGGUUGGGUAUUAGACGAACGCGGUAGGCUGAGUGCCUCGGACGAAGGGGAGGGAAGGGGAACAUCGUACUCAUACUGCAUUAUUUAUUGUCUUGUAUCACUCUG